UCAAAGCGUUUGGUGCUCGCAGCGGAAAAUCGGAAGCGGCAUCCAAGCAAUCAGCACACAAAAAAAAAACACACAACACACAUAGGAAAUAUAGGAAAGGAAAGCUGCUGGGUGAAACUUUGAAAACGGGCGCGAGCAAGUGAGCAGCGGCGGCGGCAGAAUCAGCAGCCGAAGUGAAGUAGCAAGCCAAGCGCAGGCCAAAGUGCAAAUGAAAAAGUGUGAAUAAAUUGUGAAUCAAUCAGUUGAGAUAAACAGUGAUGGAAUAAAGGAUACCGGACUUCGAAGGACAUUUGCCAGAAGCUGAAUCGAGAAGGAUAAACUUUCGGCCCGCUAUGCCCAGCAAUCGUGUGGGUCCGCCGACUGAGUGCGUGGAGUUCGAGGAGCCCGGUUGCAGAUAGAAAUUUAGAUUCAAAUUCAAAUUCAAUUCAGAUUCAGCGUCAGCGUCAGCUACAGCUACAGAUACAGAUACAAAUUUAUUUGGCGCCCGAGCUGAACAUGUGCCAAGGCUGCGGUCUGCUUGAAGCUGAUUCCGGAACAACCGCGACGAUGCUGUUUGAUUUCGGCCAACUUAAGUAAACAGGCAAGGCGAAGGAAGGCACACACACCACCCACUCAAUCGCAGGCAAAGCCGCGGAAAAACAAACCAAUAAACCAGGCAAAUGGCAGCGCCCGUCGACGAGAGUGUGCUGAAUGCACUGAGGGGCGUGACCUCCGCCCACACCCGCCUGCCCAAGCCACUGCUCAUCAAGAUCUACGUGGCCAGCCUGAAGCAGGAGUUCAACCAGGAGCGCCGAAUGCUCCUCGAGCUGGUCGGUCCCGAGCUGCAGACCCUCUACGAUGACCGACAAAUCGAGCUGGAGUUCGUGGACAUGCACUUUGGCACUGGCGUCCUGGAGAUUAACCAGCUGGAGCGGGAUCCCUAUUUGAUCGAUGACUAUCUGCACGAGAUCGACACCUGCCACGCCCACACAAAGAGUGUCUUUUUCAUGGUGCUCGUGGGCGACGGCAUUGGUCGUCAGCUCCUGCCCACCAAAGUGGAUGAGGACAUCAUCACCGCAGUCCUGGCCGAUCCACAGACCACAGCUGAUCAAGAGGCACAAAUAGUUAAGUGGUACGAAAAGGAUGAAUCUCAAUCGAAGCGGCAACUUAAGCAGGAUUAUCGAUUGCUGCCCGUGGAUGCCUGGCUUGCAGAAUCACAGCAGAUGCAGAGAUUUCUGGAGGUGGCCCUGCAAUCGCUGGUCCAUAAGGCCAGUGCAUCUGACCGAUCAGCGGAUUUUGUGGAUCGGGUUCAGCAACUUCGACGCACGCAGAUCGAAAGAGAGGUCACACAAGCCAUGGCUCUUACUAGCGAAAAAAUCUUGGCAGUUUUUCGAGAACGAGCCGCGCAGAGCAGCAAGCGUGAUGUCGAGGCUGGAGAAAGACUGCGGAAAAUCAAGGACGAGCUCACCAUGAACCUCUCAACGGAUAAUCACACAACUCUGGUGGUGCCUGGUAGUGCUGCCAGCGAGGCCAUCGAUCCGGACAACGAGGACCAUGAGUCCUACCUGAGCAAGUUCAAGAACAAGGUCACCGACAAGCUGCGCCUGCUAAUCGAGGCACACAUAACCAAUGAUCCCGACGUAAUCAAGGGGAGGAAAAAGACUGUGCAGGAAAUCUUUCACGAGCACGCCACGCACCUGCGCAUCCUGCGGGAGCACACGGACAGUGCCGCCCUGGUGGAGUCGCGGGUGCCGCAACAGCUGCGCCAGAAUCUGAUGGCCAACUUUCGGAAUGGAAGUCGGCAUGCGCCGUACUUCAUCUGCGGGGCGGACGGCAGCGGCAAGAGCGCCAUCCUGAGCCACCUCUACGUGCAGGUGGGCAGCUGGUUCGGGUCGUCCACACGCGUCCACCGGGUGAUCCGCUUUGCCAAGGCCACGCCCCGCUCCGCCUACAACCUGGAGCUGCUGCGUGUCGUGUGCCAGCAGAUCUCCAUAAUCUUCAACAUCCCGGAGGGCUAUCUGCCCAAGGACGCAUCCUUCGAUCCGCUGUACAUCAACACCUGGUUCCAGAAUCUCCUUCGGAAGGUGGAGGACAUGGCCAACGAUGUCCUGUUCCUGUUCAUCGACGACUUGCAUCUGCUGAAUCCGCUGGACUGCGAUAUUGUCACGGCCCUGUCGUGGCUGCCCACCUCGCUGCCCUGGAACGUUCAGAUCAUCUGCAGCUCCACCACGCCCGUGGAGCAGCUCAAGUUUACCCCGAUGCAGCGGGAUCGCUUCAAGUCCGCCGAGUACCAGUUCGACCUGAGUCUGGGCGACUACGCCGCCCGGCUCAAGAUUCCGACGCAGUGCAUCCCGAGUGACGUGAGCUUCGCCCUGUACGUGGAACAGCAGUUCGACCAGCUGGAGCGGCACUACGGCCGUCAGGCGGUGGGCGGACUGGCCGCCUACAUCACCUGCUCCGAGUACGGACUAAGUGAGACGGAGCUGCUGGAGCUGCUCAUGCCCACCGACGACCCGGAGUCACUCAUCGAGACUAAGAGCGGCCACUUUUCCUUUGCUACCUUCAAGAAGAUUCACCGUGAGAUGGACCUAUUGCUGCUCCUGCACGACAAGAUAAUGUCCGGCAAGGUGCUGAUCCAGUGGCGGCACAACUACUGCUCGUCGGUGGCCAAGCGGCGGUACAUGGACGUCCAGAGGACGCGCAGCCUGCACAGCGAGCUGGCCAACCUGUUCUUCCCGCAGGACGAGGACGAGAGCACGCUGGAGAACGAGUCGAAUCGCAGCGAAACGAAGUCGGUGAUCAGCCUGAAGGAGAGGGAGCGUGAGAAGGACUCGCUGUCGGCGGUGUCGGCCGUUUCCGCCGGGCGGAAGUCAUCGUCCACCCACCACAACGACGACACCUCCACCUUCUACAAUCCCAUUGCGGCGGAUGUCAGCUACAGCAUGCGGCACGUGGAGGAGAGCUGGCACCACCUGAUGCGAUCCGACGACACCACCCGGUUCAAGCAGAUCGCUGUCUGCAACUUCGACUUCCUGCUGGCGGCGGUACAAACAGUGUCGAUCAGCUACCUGCGCUGCCUGAUCGAGCACGUACGCUGUUACAUCCUGGACAGGGACAUCGAGCUGAUCUACUACACGAUCCGGAAGUCGAGCGAUGUCCUCACCCGCGACCCCAUGCAGUUGGGCUCCCAGCUGAUAUCCUGGCUGCGUCCGAUCAGCGAGCACGACGACGACGAUAACUCGCUGUUGAGCAUGACGGUCCGCUCGGCGACCGCCUGGUGCGACGGCUAUGCGGUACCGCUCCUGGUGCCGCUCACCGGCUGGCUGCCCGCCCCGCUGCCCUCGCAGAUCCGCACCAUGACGGUGUCCGGAACGGGAUGCAUCCGGGCGGUCUUUCUGGCCCCGACCAAGCAGCAUCUCAUCCUGGCCACCAGUUCCGGCGACGUGCAGCAGUGGCACAUCAUGAGCAACUCGCUGGAGCACAUCUUCAAGGGACACACUGCGGCAGUCACGUGCCUCCUGGUGGCUCCCCAGUCGGAGUCGGAGUUGCUGCUGACCGGCUCCGAGGAUGGCACAGUGCUCGUGUGGCACGUAGGGUUCCGCGAGCGACGGGCGCACAUUAACAACGCCCACACGGCUCCCAUUACGGGCGUGGCAGCUGGCGUCAAUAACACGCUCAUCAUAAGCAGCAGCGAGGAUGCAACCAUCGCCAUCACGGACCUGGCCAGCGGCAAACUGAGACAUCGCAUCACCCAUCACCGCGGGCCGGUGAGUGGGAUUUUGGUGGCCGGGGCAUGCGAUGUCCUGAUCUCGGGCAGUCACGACAGGACCAUUUGCGUUUGGAACCUGGAGAACUUCUGCCUGCUGAAUACCAUGCAGAUGACGAGUCCCGUGCUCCGCAUCGACAUUUCCUGUAAUUCGGUUUUCCUGUUGGCUUUGUGUGAGGAUAAUGCGUUGUAUGUUCGUACUUUGGCCACCGGAAAGGAGCUGCAUACUCUUAAAGGACACAAAUCGAAGAUCCGCACCAUCUCGAUCGGCAAGGAUAGUCAGCGUUGUGUGGUGGGCUGCGAUGAUACGCGGGCGUUGAUCUACGACAUGCACGCCGGUAAACUGGUAAGAUCCAUGCCCCCGAAUCCGGGACCGGUGACCGCCGUGCAUGCGAUGGACAACGACGACUUUCUGGUCACCGUCGGUGGCAACAAGAUCACCUUCUACUCGUUCCGCAACGAGGAGCUCUACGUGAAUCCCUACUCGCGUCAUCCGCGUCGCAAGCGCAGCCUAAAGCGCCAUGCGCAGGCGCAGCGAUCGCCGUCGACCACAUUGCCACCGAUCACCUGCUUCGACCUCUCCCGCGACUCCCAGCAAAUGGCCAUCGCCUCCGGCCGCAGUGUCCACCUGAUGCGGAUCAAUACGCCGGAGUACCAGUGUACGCUGGAGGGUCAUUCGGCCGGGGUUUCCUGCCUGAAGUUUGCGCCGAACGGCGAGUUCCUGGCCACCGGCUCCGAGGAUCGAUUGGUGCUCAUUUGGAACCUGGCACAGGGGGAGAUCAGCCAUUCGUUCAAGGGUCAUGCCGCACCGGUGGUCAAGGUGGUGGUCCUGAUGGACUCUCUGCGCGUUAUCUCCACGGAUCGGGACUCUCUGCUGCUCGUUUGGAUGGCCCACUCGGGCAAUCUGCUGCAGACCAUCCAAGGUCCCUACAAGAGUCUGGCCGUAACCAACAACAUGCGGUUUGCCGCCUCCACCAACGGGGACAACACCCUCAAGAUCUGGUCACUCACGCAGGAGGACGAGAAAUACUCCGUCUCGCACUCGGAUGAGAUCACCUGCUUCGAGAUCAGUGCGGAUAGUGCCCACAUCAUCAGCGGAUCGCGGGACAUGUCCUUGAAGGUGUGGCAGGCGACGGGCGGCAAGCUCAGCCAGGUGCUGGUGGGGCACAGCGAUGCCGUCACCUGCGUGGCCGUUUCGGUGACCAACAAGACCCAGGUGCUGUCCGGCUCCAAGGACAUGAAUCUCAUCAUCUGGGACCUGCUCACCGGCGAGGAGGUGCACACGCUGGCAGGACAUCUGGGUCCAGUGAUUGGUGUUAAAGUUUCGGCAGAUGGUUCCACUGCAGUUUCGGGAAGCGAUGACAAGACCCUGAUCGUUUGGGAGACCAAGCGUGGAUUGGCGCUGACCUCGCUCCAAAUGCAUGUGCCCUUCACCCACUUUGACAUCAGUUUGGAAGUGUCUCGAGUUCUGGUCCAACUGGUGGACAGCUACAAUCUCCCCGUGAUUUGUUUACACAACACCCCGGCGCAGUACGUCAAGCUGCCCACUUAUUCGGGUCCCAGUAAGGAUGUUGAAGAUCUGCGACCGCAGGGCCCCAAGCGGCAGAUGAAGCGGCUGCUGAAGAAGGAGGUCUCCUUGGACACGUACACCUGGCAGAAGAAGUACGGCCACCUGACCUCCUCGGUGAUGAUGGCCCAGGUGGACGAGCGUCUGAAGCGUCGCUUCAGCGUCUCGGCCAGCAUGGAGGAGAUCUCGAAGAUCGCCGAGACCAAGACGGGUGCCUCGCAGGCGAAUCUGGGGCCGGAGCAGGCGGCUCUGGCCCAAUCGCAGCACUUUGACCAGCUGGAGGCUCUGUGGAACAAGCGGUCGCCGCCCAGAAGGCGUCACAAUGCGGGUCUCUCGAGGCAAACCUCGCUGGUGGAGGACCGUCUCGAAUCGUCGGACGACGAUGAGUACCAGGAUGAGCGCGCAGCCACCGCCCACAGUUCGAAAACCAGUUCCCGCAGCUCACUGCUCCCAUAAACAACUGCAACCGGAACAGUAGCCACCAACGGCAGACAGCGUGAAUAAAUACUACAAAUAUGAUAAUAACCCGCAAGACAAAAAAAAAAUGUAAACCAUUUAGAUUAGUUUCCCCACUCGAUUGGCAUGUUAUCCUCCAGUGUUUUCCAAAUCGCAGCUAGUUCAACGUAUGUAGAGCACUUUGCAAGAACCCAACCACAGAACCAGAACGGCACCCCAAAAUUGACUAACCCCCCCAUCUGGCUAAUUUCGGUUAAAUUUCGUUUCUAGAUGACUUCGAUGACUUCUUUCAGUGGGGAUAGGACGUUAAGAUUAGGUAAUUAGGAUAAGAUAUCACAUUGUUAUUGCUAGGGACUAGACACACUUACCUUUCGAAAAUACGGGCAUACCUCAAAUGCAACUGCUGAAAAAAACACUUUUGAGAAUUCUACACAGUCUAUAGAGAACUCGUAAAAUAGCAUAUUUAUAACCGCAAAAGGAAAAACAACCUCUGCACGGCCAUCUGGAUGCUAUCAAGUAAGUAUGCUACCAGGUCGCAAUGACACAUAUCCCCUAGCCGAACCACUAGAGUCAUACAGUUAAUAGAGCUUAAUCAUCUUAAUUUGGCCAAUGGCCACAGCGAAAGCCUUUGCUUUGAUGUCUCGUGCAAGUAACGUUUAUUUGGCAAUUGCUAUUAGAGCUGGACGUGAACGAACGUAGAUGCCAGCAAGUAAUUCGGUGUUGGGCAUGUCACUCUAGACCGAUGCCAGUAAUACCAGAGACAAACUAAAGCACAUUCCGAAUUUGUUAUCAAUUUAUGCAGAUCAUUUCGCUUCAGGAGGAGGAGGAUACCACAAGGGAUAAGGCCUGAAGCACCAGCAGCACCAUCCAUUAAAUGGCGUACUUAUCCAAAAUGACAAUGGAAAGCAAUAACCCAUCUCCCAUUUAUCUUUGUAGAUGUAAACCAAUAAUAUAACAUAACAUAACAUAACAUAGUUAAAUCUGAUAAACCACCGUCUCAGACUUUGUAGGAACUAUAGCUUUAAGUGAGCCAAUUUCGACAUUUUAUUGUUGUAGAGUGUUUUAUGUACCUACUAGACCCGAGCUAAAUGUUGAUUGUAUUGACACAAUAACGCAAUAACUUAGAAUCUGUUUAAAUGAGAAAUGCAAAUACAAACUCUCUGAAGGGGUAAAAAGCGUAACUAUGCUUAAAAACACAAGUAAAAACAAGUGAAAACAAGAAAACAAAAACACACACCGACACAAGCACAAAGACAAAACAUUGAUGGUUAGUUAAGGAAACAAGCAAAUGUAUAUAUUUUAAGCUACCAUGUUCGCUGUAGAAUUAGUAUUACCUCGACCUCAGUUCGAAACGCACUUUUUUGGUUCACGGGCUUGCACUUCCCGCGGAUAUAACUUCAAUAACUUUCUGACAAUCAGAGGUUCUUGCCUGGAACGAAAAAAAAACAAAACAAACGAACAACCACAAAGCAAAUCUACAACUGAGAACGACAAAUGGAUAUUUCUACACCGGAUAUUUCUAUGCAUGCCACAAGUGAAACUUCGUUAAAAAUAAGCAAUUAAUGUCUAUGUAGCCUAGUGUAGUGUCCAUCUAGUGUAGCUGAGCCACGAGCAUCUCCCGAGGAAUUAUGCAUCUGGAAACGGAAA